GGCCGGUCAAGAUGAAACUGCAAUCGGUGUGAAUUUCAUGUACACAUGCCGUUUCUUCUGAGCUUGGAUAUUACAUAUAUUAAAAUCACGCUCACCCCCACAAACGCACCCACACGCACGGCCAGGUGGUACUCCCGCCGAUAGUCGAGAAUGCCGAAUCGCAAUAUAAAUGUGGUUACUCGUCAGCUAUGGCGUUUAGUACGACAGAACCAGAAGCCCAGUUUAUAUACUGCUAUGAUCAGCAACGGCAGCAGCGCGACCAUCAGCGAUCCCCCAACGAGGAUUGGCUCAAAGAUUCCAAUGGAAUAUGAUACACAUUCAUAUGCAACCGUUUUGGCCCACACAAAGCCAGCAACGUCUCCUCCAGCAGCGACAGUAGAAGAUCUUAUUUUCUAUCCCAAAGGACAUGCAAGUUCAUAUUUGAAAAAAAAUCACAGUAAAGCUGAUGUGAAUAAAGCUUUUGAGGAAGCCAUUCAAGCACUGAACUCUCUGCAAAGCAAUGACAAUGCCAUACGAAAUUCCAUACAAAAUACUCGGAUAAAUACCAAAGAAGAUACCAUUAGGUAUCUGGAGCGUAGUGGUUUACCAUUGACCACAGUGGAGAAGUUGUCCUUCAUACAUGUAGCUGGAACCAAGGGCAAGGGCUCUACAUGCGCUUUAGCUGAAUCUCUAUUGCGACAUCAUGGUGCCCACACUGGAUUCUUUAGCUCACCACAUAUUAUGCAUACGAAUGAACGGAUACGGAUCGAUGGCCAACCAAUGGACAAGGAGAAAUUUACGAAAUUAUUCUGGAAGGUCUAUAAUCGAUUGAAGGAGCAGAGUGAACAUGAAACUGAUAUGCCGGCAUAUUUCAAAUUCCUAACCAUAUUGUGUUUUCAUGCCUUUGUCGAGGAGCAAGUCGAUGUGGCCAUACUGGAGGUGGGAAUUGGCGGUGAGCAAGAUACCACCAAUAUAGUCCGCAAUGUACGAACUGUGGGCAUCACAUCGCUGGGAUUGGAGCACACCGAAUUGCUUGGCAAUACACUGCAGAAAAUUGCAUGGCAAAAGGCGGGCAUAAUUAAGCCAAAUUCGCAUGUCUAUACCCAUGUAACGCAACCGGAAUGCCUUCAGGUGAUACGUGAUCGUGCGUCCGAUAAUCAGGCCACUGUCCAUGAGGUGCCACGAAUGGAAGACUAUUUCCAUUAUAAUCUGCAAGAUAAAUAUUUGGAUAGCUUUCAUAAUACAAUACUUCUGAAUGGAUCUCUGGCCAUACAAUUGGUCUACGAUUGGUUGGAUCAGACCGAAGGUCCCCUGCAUCGUGCCCAUAAACCAAAUGAGACAAAAAUGUGUCCAGAAGUGUUAAUGGGUCUCAGGAAUACCCAUUGGCCAGGUCGCUGUCAAUUGGUUGAGUUCCAUAAUAUGCGUUUACAUUUUGAUGGGGCACACACGCCGGAGAGUAUGAAAAUUUGCACGGAUUGGUUCCAAACAAGCACAAGUCACAACUCGAAUCCAAAGAUUUUGAUAUUCAAUCGCACUGGCGACACAGAUCCCAUAGAAAUGUUGCAAAUACUUCAAAACGCUUGCCGCUUCGAUCUCGCCUGCUUUGUUCCCAAUCUUGCCACCACGAAUCCCAAUAGACCCAGUCAGGUGAUGGUGCGCUACAGUGGCGAAUAUCAAAUAACUCGUGCCCAUGCCAUUGCCAAAACGUGGCAGAAGCUCAGCGAGGCGAGUAAACAAACUAACACAGUCCUUGUACACGUUAGCCUAUGGGAUGCCUUCCUUGAUAUACGAGAACGUUAUGGCAUCGAAACGAACUUGGAUAUUCUCAUUACGGGCUCCAUUCAUUUGCUGGGUGCUGCAAUUUCGGCUUUGGAUCAAUUGCAUGGGGCUAACAAUGAUCGGCCAUCAAAUGGACACAAGUGAAGCCAGUUCGGAACCAAAUACUAAGAGCUUCAAUAAAAUAUAACAUAAUUGGACGCUAAUAUAAUUUAUAUACAUAUGUACUUAUAUACUGUUAUGUACUUACAUAUAUUUUUUUUUUAUAGUCAUUUAUAUACAUAUAUAUAAAAUGAUUAGAAACUGAAUGUUAUACACACAUAUCAAGAUUGAAAUGUAUUGAGGCUUGCUUUUAAUAAUUUGUUAUGUGUUCAAAUUGUAAAGUACUUAAUGAUCUGCCUAGCUAAUAAAUAACAAUCACAUAUGUAUGUG